CGUCCUGUGUUCGUAAUCAAUCUAGACGUGGGAACACGCGUGUUGAUAAUUGUUAUGUUGUCUGUCCUUUACAUCUCUUAUUAUUGAUUCAUUGAUCAUGAUACAGUCAGUUUAAUUUUAUACUCGAUGGGCCUGUAACGCACUAAUAAGCGGUAUAUUGUACGGCAGAGAUGAAGCUAAAAAGGCAAAAACAUGCUAAAAGGAUAUUGAGUUUCUACAAGACGCAUUUCAACAUCCAAGCACCUUUCCAGGUUCUUUUAGAUGGAACAUUCUCACAGGCUGCACUUAGAGGCAAGAUCAACAUUAACGAGCAAUUACCGAAGUAUAUUGGACCAGGAGUUAAGCUGGCAACGACAUCGUGUGUUUUACAAGAAUUAGAAUCGAUAGGAAAGGCUGUCUACGGGGCAUUGGUAAUAUUAAAGCAGUUUCCUGUGCUACCUUGUGGCCACAAAGACAGAAAGCAGCCGUUGUCGGCAAAUAAAUGUCUACAAAAGAUGUUGGGUAAAGACAACCCGCAUAAAUAUUUCAUCGCGACACAGGACCGAACGUUAACCGAGCACGCUGCAAGUCUUCCGGGUACUCCUCUCCUCUUUAUCUACAUGAACACUGUUGUUCUAGAUAAACCUUCCAAACAUUGCCACCAGGUGGCAGAUGAGUUGGCACGGGGCAGCGUGGCACCGGCCGAAGAGCAAAAAGGAACGAUACUGCAACUGAAGAGAUCAGCUGGUCUAGAGGAACCUCAGAGUAAAUUGAUAAGGAGAAAGAAGAUUAAGGGCCCAAAUCCACUAUCGUGUAAAAAAAGUAAAAAAGUUGAUCAGAAGAGCACGCAUGUGAGAAAAGAAGGCAGAAAUAGGCAUAAAAGGAAUAAAAACAAGAAUAUGGGUACCAGCUAAAAAUACUUAGCAGAUGUCACUUGUACAUACCACUUUGGUAGAAGUUCCCACUUCCUUUUAUAAUCAGUUAUCCCACAAUGUUUCUAGUGUUUAUUGGAUUGGAUUGGAUUGGAUUGGAUUGGAAUAAGGAUUGGUACUGUAUGCAUAUAGUAGAGUGUUACAAAAUAGCUGUUUGAUGAACCAGCUGUGUGGGCACGGUUGCCAUAGAGACCGCAGAGCAGUAAGCUGACCAUAAUAUGUUGUAAUGGCAUAAAAUCCCUAGGCACGUUGAUAGACUAGAGUGAAAUUUUCUGUACAUAGUUUAUGGCAGUUGGGUACAUUACUUCGAUAUUGUUUGUCCGUUUUUGUGAAGUAGUGUCUGUAAAAUAAAUCCGCUUUUAAUUUUUUA